ACAAAUUCCGCUUGCCUUUCUGCAAGAAAAAAGCUGAUAAAUAAUUCACAAAUUUUUGCUAUGCACGUCGGUAGUAGGCGAAAAUCUUACCGUUAGCCACCUGUUAAAAUGGAUCACCGAAUGUUAUCGCAAAAAAUAUAAUUUUCCACUUUACGGGACAACUGGCGAGGUGAGAGCUCUCUUUGUAAAAAGUGCAGCAAUGAGUGGAUACAUCGGCGAUUUGUCUUCGCACCAAGAAAAGGCGUUAAAAGAGCUGAAAGAAAUGUUAACAACGGAGCCAACAGAAGAUGAGGUAAGCCUUUAAUGAAAGUUACAGCGAGAUGGUGAAAAGUGGUGCGAUCAGGUGUCAUGCUUUUUAUAAAAGCAGAAUCCUCGAAUCUCCACUUUAUUCGUGAAGCAUCUGGAACUGCGAACUUUUUGACUGUUGACAUGGAACACUUGUUUAUAGCUUGGCGGGGAUUAGACUAGUCACUCUGAAACGGGAUUUUAGCACGUUCUCACGAACAAAUGUGUUUACAUAAUUCAGUAUCACAUAUUCAAUGUAUUUAUAAAGAUAUAGAAUUGAAGCUGUAUUUUUUUCAAAACGUAAGCCAUGUGUUUAUCACGUCAAUUUCCGUUUCUUUGAAUUAAGCUAAUUUCACUUCCUUCAUUGGUUAAUGUUUUCAUUGAUUUUCGUUUAGCCUUUUAUUAAUUCUCAUGGGAGAUUAGUUAACAGAAUUAUUGUAAGUUUACGAUGGGCUUUUAAAUUCGUUAUAGAUGUGCAAGUUUAUUUUCUGCUGAAGCGUGACUCAGCUUAAAGGACUUUAGUUUAUCAGUGACGUCUUUGGACGAAUGAAAUUAGAACUUGCACUGCGACAUGACUCAUGUGAGCUUACUACAGCUAAGCAACAAAUUGAUUAAAACUGUAAUGAAUUUUUUAAAAUAUAGAGGUUGUUUAGUAUAAGGGCUGCAAUAUUUAACUGUUCAUCCGUGACCAAUGUUUUGAAACUUUUGCUUAUAUGCGCGAGUGUAUUCCAAGGUUUGCCCUUAUUUGCUCGUUAUGUAAUGAUAAGCUUAUAUUCAUCUUGUUCAACAGUUUCCAGAGAAUCUCACAGGAUAAACAUCACACUUAUUUUAAUAGUCCUCUUUCGGCAUUAAUUAUUUCUUACGAACGUGGGUGAUAGAAAAACUGUUUGUGGUUUAGUACAUUAAAGCAAAACAAUCAACAUGUUUGUGAAAAACAAUUGUGAUAUGUUAUAAACUGAUUUUUUUCCUUUUUUUUUUUAAUGUUAUUAUUUCAAGUGUGUACAAAAAAUAACAAAAUUUGAAUAAAUACAAUGACGUAAAUUCCUUGUAGGGGCUGGUUAUUUAAAUAAUAAAGAAACAUCUCUCUCGUACAUAUGCAUCUCGUGCAUAGGAAAAUAAUAUAAUUGUCUUUUUUCACUUUCAGCUUACAACAAUUUAGUUUCUAUUUUGUUUAAACAAUGGUUAGAUGAAAUAAGUUACGUAUGUUGUAACUCUGAUUUUAAGAUUAGAGUGUAACAAGAUUUUCUAUCUUUGAUAUUGAUUUUCUAUCUGCUGUUGGCAUCAUGUGGUGCCAAAUGUGAUUAUCAAUUAUUUAAAUUUAUAAUUUUGGAAUAAAUUUUGCCUUGUUUGAUAAAUUUAGGUGUUUUUAUGCCUGUUUCACUAUUACCUGCCACCUUAAUAGAAUUGAACUUUUGGGAAAUAUUUAAAUUCAAAUGGAUUUGUUGUGAAAUCUUUAUUAGUGGUUACAAUAAUAUUUUGUAUACCAUGGAAAAAUAAUUUUUAUAAAGCAUGCCAAGUUAAGACAUUCAUCCCACAGCAAUGCAAAUAAGUAUGGUCAAAACUUUGCUACCCAAAGUUAAUUAUCAUAUGUAUUUGGAAGUAAUCUAUAUACUCUGCUGUAAAGUUACUCUUCGGCGAUCUUAUUUCAAUUUCUUGCAUCCUGAGACUCAAGUGCAAGAAAUGCAAAAAAGGAUAGAGGAAUUAAGAAGAGGAUCCACAGAAAUCAAAUACUGUUCAUUGUACUUCUUGGUACUACAGGGAAUCCCCGCCUUACAGUCACUUCGGUAAUAUGGUCACCUAGUUAUUACGGCCACUUCGUUUUCGCCAUCUGGCAAAAACUGCCAGUCAUUUUCUUGUAAAAAAAACCUUGUUAAUACGGCUAAUUUUUUUUUGCCUAUUGGUGACCGUAUUAACAGGGUUCUACUGUAUUUAAUUGAGACCACAGACAUGAAUAAAUUAGAUACUGAGAGAAAGUAUGGCAGGCCAACUCUAAGAAGCAUUUAACACUUGUCUAUAAACUUCUGAAACACUAUCUAAUUUUUGCAAUUAUUUGGUUUAGAUGACCUCUAAAAAUGAUUCCCAGAUUUUCAAACUCAGCACUCACAACUAAGAACCUACAGUUACAUGCAGGGCUUGGAUAAACUUUAACCCUUUAGGUCCCAAGGGUGACCAACAUCAAUUUUCUCCUGAUGUUACCAAUACACAAUCAAGAGAAAAGGUUAGGAGAAUUGAUCGAAUGAUCACCAAAGGAAAAAUGCUCUAAUUUUGUUCAAAUUCUCCCGACUAAUUCAGUAAGAAAUGUUUAGAGAUUAGUUGGGGGAAUUUGUAUGUGGAUAUUGGGGCUAUUGCUUGGUGGAAGGAGUUAUAGCCAUUAAAAAAUGCUCUUUCACAGUCCAUUUUGUUCAAAACAAAAGCUUGUGCCAACGAAGACUUGACCUUUUUUGCAGGGUACAUUGUUAAGGUUUCUCAGGGCACGAAGCUUUGAUCCCAAAGCAGCUCACAGGUAUGCAAUUUUUAUGAUAAUAGUACAGUCAAACCUCUGUAUAACAAGGACUGCAGUAUAAGAAACCAUUUUCUUUACCCCAGUAAUAGAAAAAUAUACGAAAAAGAACCUCGAUGUAACGAAACCGCAUUAUAGCGAACAGAUUUUGCCAGUCCCUUGGCGCUUUGUUAUGUCGAGGUUCCACUUUAUAGUCCAACCUGAUCCAUGUGUGACCACCUCUUGCAAGCGUCCAACCUGAUCCAUUACAGAUCUGACCACCUCUUUUUCCCAGCCAAAGUCCUCUAGUUGGAACCUCUAUACAUAAGUAAUUUUUGGGUUAAAUUUUUAAAUUGUUUUUAUAAACCUCCUGGAAGUACAUGAUCUAAAAAGCUGGAUAAAGCUUCCAUCAAAAAUUGGAUCCAGUUAAUUAUCUUCCAAAACAGUGGAUUUUAUGGAGGCCUGUUUUUAACAACUGGGGCCUCUCGGAAGCAUUUCACCAAUCAGAGCAUUAGAAGAAAUUUUUAAAGAAAGCAUGGAAGUACGUGAUCUAAGUAACGCAUAAAUUGCAUGCAGUUAAUUAUCUUCCAAAAAGCAGAUUUAUGGAGGCCUGUUCUCGGAAGACACCCCAUGAUUGGCGCCAGAAAACUUUAAUAGUAUUAUUAUUAUUAUUAUUAUAACAUUAAUAAUAUAUAAUACUGUUAUUAUUAUUAUAUUAUUACUUUUACUGUAAAUAAGCCAUUAGAAAAUUAUUAUAUACAUGUAUUGUUGUGGUUCAAUGUUAUUUUUGGUUCAAAUGUCAUGUGCCUUUGUUUGGGUAUGGUUUAUGAUAAAAUGUUUGAAAAAAUUAUUUAAGGGCCAUAAAAUUUAAACCAAGGAUAAAACUGAGCCUUUCCUUUCAUCUUCUGUUUUCAGGCAAUACACAGCUACAAGAGAAUGGCGACUUAACAAUGAUGUAGAUAAUAUUCUUAACAGUGAGGUGAGAGUAGGAAAGAAAAACAAAAUAAGUUGCCUUUUCUUGAACAGGUUAGAGCAAAAUAAAAGAUUUCAUCUUAAGCAGGGAUGUCGUUUGAAGCUGCCAUCCCCACCCCAAGCUUAUUUUAAGUGCCCGGCCCUUUCCCUUGAAAUAACCUUCUAAACAAUAUGAAAUGACCCGAGUGUAAAGUAUUAUAAGGAGUUUCAAAUAGGAAUUAAAAUAAGAAUUAUCAUUUUAAUGUAAAAUAAUCAGUAUAUACUGAUUGUGUUGUUUUAGUUAAAAGCAAGGAAUAACCAUCCCUUUCUUUAAUUAAUACAGAGACCACUAGACAAAGAAGUCAAAAAGGUAGGUCCAAAUUUAUGCAUUGUCAAGAAUAAUAACUCAUGUCCAUGAUGUAGUUAAUUUUUUAUCUCAAGUAAUUUUUAUUUUUCCUAGUUUGUUCCAAUUUUAUUUCAUUAGCAUACAAUACCAUACCCUAAAACAACAACAACAAAAAAAGUGUACACAAAUUAACUGAGAUGAAAAAUUAACUACAACAUCCACAACAAAACAUUCUUACAGCUAGUAGUUAUUGUGAAUAAGAAAGCUGCGUAAUUUUUUUGACACAUUGAUCCCCAAAAUUAUUCAUGAGAAAGAUGUUUUUUCUCAGGCAGCUCAGAAGAAAAAAUCCUUGUACUCCCAACAGGUGUCGAAACUACAUGUACGACCUUCUGUUUACUCGUCCAGAUGCUCUACCACUGAGCCACAGGAGACUUGUGGGAGCUAAUAUUAAAGGCCACUAAGUCCCAAUAUCCACACACAAAUUCUCCAAACUGGUCUCCAUACAAUUCCUUAAAGAAUGAGUUGAGAGAAUAUGAUAAAAGAUCAGAGCAUUUUCCCUCUGGUGAUCAUUUCAUUAAUUCUCAUAACCUAAUCUCUUGACAAUGUAUGGAUAUCAUUAGGAGAAAAUUGAUGUUGGUCACUAUUGGGACAAACAUCGUACAUACCAUUAGGACUGGAUUGUUGUUAUGUCUCUCUCCUCUCCAUGGAGACCUCUUUGUGUCAUAGGGAGGCUGGGGACAAAGAAGAAGAAAGCACUCAUGGCACAAUGGAAGGGGGGAAAGGAAGGAAGCAAGGCUCCUGCCUUUUCCCUCUUCUGAUUGUCCCCUGAGCGCUUCCUACUGUUUGAUUAUUGGGAUACCUGGUGGGAACCUUUGUGGAGGAGAGAGUUGUUUUGUGCCUACACUGUAUAUGUGCAAUGAUAGAAAUGUGAUGGUGAAUUCUAAGCCUGGUGAUUACUUGCCGGAGUGAGGAAGAUGUGUUUCAGUCAGUGACAUAGGUGGCUCGGAAGAAAAAAUUGUUUAUCAUCCAGUUUAUGGUGUUCUCCAGUUGGCUAGGACAUUGUGUCCCAUCCUUGCGAAUUAAAUUUUUGUUGAGAAAAAGUAAUGUUCCCAGCCUUAAGAAUUUUCCAACUUCUUUUAAUUUUGUACUGUUCCUUCAAUUCAAGGUUAUCUCUUGUGCUUUUCAUAAACAUGAUAAGUUUGGUCAUCCAUGCUACAUUGAACACACAGGAAGAACUGACAUAACAGCCCUUUUAAAGGUGAGCCUAACAUCUUUGCUCUUCCCAUUUUAAAUAUUUUUUUUGCUGGAUUAUUGUUAAUUGAUAAAGAGAGUGGAAGGUCGUUUCUGGCAUCAAUCUCAUUACGUACCAUAAUUGUCCUGUCCUACUCAUCUCCCGGAGCUGCUGGGGCAGAGGGGGGGUGAGUAGGGGGAGACCCCAGCCCGAGCAAGGUUGCUCCGCAUCUCUCUUAAUCUCUUACCUCUCUCUAGAGAAACACAGAUAAUAGUGCUACAACCAUCUACUCAAGAAUAUUAUAAUUAUUGAAAAAUGUAGAAUGGUUAAUAGUAGAACAAUUUUCAUUGCUAUGCUGUGCCUCCAUGGCACUCGCGGGGAUACUAAGAUAUGGGCGAAAAUAAUUUCCGCUUCUGCAAAGAAGUGCAGCAGGGAUGAAGGUUUUUGUCGCUGAGGGGAGGAGGGAGGGGCAAAAAACGAAUCUGAAUAGUCUGAAUAGACCUCUCAGGGCAUGAACGCAUAUGAGAGCGAUCGGAUGACGGUAGGGCAUAUAAAUACUAAGCGAAAUACCCAGGGGUGCUAGAAAGGUCUCUAGAGGGCAAAUAUGCUAAUUGAAGGAGCGCGCAAAUCCAUUUCGGCGCAAUUAUAUCAAUGAAAAUAAAUACAUGUAACGAGUAUUGAUUAAGGACAAUGAAGAUACAGAAUGACUAUAUUGGCAACUGAAAGCGAUGACGAUAGUUAAGUCAUCAUAAUAGUGAUGACAAUCGUCAUGGUGAUUACGAUGACAAUGGUGAUGAUGUUGAUGUUGAUGACAGUAGUGGUAAUGACGGUAUGACAGUCUAGUACUUCCUCUUGUUCUUGCUUCCCUCUUUUAGCUGCCACCAGAGCAGUACAUUGGCUGGCACAUCUGGAAUAUUGAAAGACAAAUACAGAGAAUGGAUGAACUUUCUAAGAAAUUUGUGAGUAUUUAAUAAACUUGCACAUCGUUGCAAAGGGAAGUACAGUUAUCUAUAAACCAGUGUAGCGACUUAGCCCCAUAAGAAAUUGAGUAUGGCCCAUAGCAUAGUGAAUGAGUCCCAGAAAGAGUUAGCCCUGUAAAAUGUUCAGAAUGAAGACCUGUCUCCAUCAACUGUUUUUUUUGGCUGCUUAACGUAGUUGAAAGACCCUAAAAAUUAGGCAUUGGUAAGAUCAAGGCCAUCAUUCACUUUCAUCCGUAUUUGAUAAAAUAGCUGAAGGGAUCCAUAACUGGAACAUAAAAAGACAUACUUCACCAGUAAUGUAAAAGUUUAACCAACUCACAUUGGGAUUCCAAGCUCUGGGAAGAUCUUUUUCUUUUUUUCUGAAAAUAUUUGGCUGCUUGGUGCAAUGAAGAGGACUAGUAGUUAGGUUCUUUUUUUACCUACUUUUUUUGAAGAAAACUUAAAUGAACCCACCCUAAAAAUUAGGCAUUGGUAAGGAGUGCUUGUGGAGGGGCAUUGCUGGCUGCUUACUUUGACAACUCAGCCAUCUACUUCAAAACAUUCUGACAACCCUGAUUACUACUAGUUAUAAGUUGAUUUCCUAUUUAAUGUUUAAGUUAACUUAUUUCUGCUUUAGGGAAAACCGAUAGAAACAAUGGUACACAUUCAUGAUAUGGCUGGAGCCACUAUGUUGUUAAGGUAAAGUCAGUUUUUAGAAUACAUCCUGCACAUCCUAGGUGCAGAGAUAUUGGGUUAGAGAAGGGUGUGGUUGCUAUAUCAUUUUUUUUUGUCAACAAGACUCAACCAAAAAUACCCCAAUUUGUUGUUCAUCAAUACAGGAAAGCGUUGACCCCUUUCAAGAGAUUGGCUAAGCUGGAUCAAGAUUACUAUCCUGAAAGAAUGGGAAAGGUUUGUUGUUGUUGUUCAUCAAUGCAAUUUUGAUGCGGCGAGUUCAGCAUAAUGACAUGUUGACAAGUUCAAACAUAGUUUUAAGAGCUAAACUGAGGACAUUAGCCCCCCUGAGUGCAAGACAGGAAGUUAACUUACCGGUGAUAAAUGAUAAAGGAAAUCAGAUGUUUCUUCGUUCAUCUUUUUGUUUUGUAAAAUGCUCCAUUUCCUUUAUUACUUGUUGUUGGUUUUCUUUUAUUUUCCUGUUUGUUUAUUUGUUAUUUUCAUUUUUUUUUCAAUUUACAGAUAUUUAUUAUCAAUACCCCCUGGUAAGUGAUUGCCCAUAAAAUCCCUUUUUUAAUAUUCAUAAAAAUAAAAUAAACUUUUGAUAAAUAUUCAUGAAUUCCUGUUUUCAUAAAAUAAUAAUGAUACCCUUCCUAAAGUGGACACCACUUUAGAAUUCAACCUGUCGUUCUUAGGCUCGUGAAGAUCUUUCUAUUGCCGAGGACGGAUCCAGAAUUUUAGUAAGAGGGGAGCAGAAGGCCUUGGGGAUGUACAUAAACUCUGUUAAACCCUUCCAUUCUCCCAUCUCCACUGAAAAAUUUAAGUUCAUGGAAGGACAUGUACCAUUGACAGUAUGGUUACAGAACUCUGGAACCUUCAUGUCUUGAAAUGAAGGAACUCCUAAAGACUGAUUUUGAAACAAGUUUUGGCAAAAAAAAAAUUCAUGACUAAAGGGGACACAGCUCCAUGGCUCCACCCCUUUAAUGUACCUGUGAAGAUAGACACUGAGAUAAUGGCAUCCAUCUUAGAGAGAGGUGUGGCUCAGGUACACUCUGAGCGAGUGGAUGUGCAUUCUGAGCAAGUGAACGUUGGGUUGAAAUAAUCUUAUCAUUGUGUCUGGAAAAGUGAACAACUAAAAAGUUAAAGCACUACAACAUCAGAAUGAUUCAAUAAUGAAAGAACUUCAAUCUUUGUGGAUAUUUUGAUACAGGAGGAUACUCAUGUUGGCGUGUGCACUUUAUUGACAUAUUUAGUCUUGUUAUUUCAAUAUGCUGAUGUUCGUGUUUCUGUUUUUCUUUAUUGUUAUGUUUCAACCCUGUUAUUGUAAUUUUUUUUAUAUCACUUUUCCUUCCUGCCUCAAUUAGCUAAGCUAUUUUGCUGGCAAGGAUCAAUUAUGAUAUGUAUCCAAAGUGUUUUUAAUAAACUUGAACUUUAAACUUGAAACAUUUUUGUCAUGCGCUUUAACCCUUUAAGUGUUAGGGUACAUAAAAAUUGUUCUGAUAUGAUAAAUGAGAUUUGCUGACUUCAUCUUUUCUCCCAACUGUCUUCCAUUUCAUUUGUAUUUUCCACAUGAUUUCAGGGUGUUUCCUGUGAUGUGGAAAAUUGCCAAGAUUUUCUUAGACCCUAAAACAAGGGCUAAAUGUGUUGUACUUAAGAGCUCAGAGCUGCAUAAACUUUGUGAAUACUUCAAUCCGGAGGACCUCCCAGAAGAAUUUGGUGGCAGUUGUAGAUGUGAGGACGGAUGUCUACCUCCCAUACCUAAACACAUGGUAAGGCCUAGCCAAACAUCAAACUUUUCAUGAGAUGAACCAAACUUAGUGAAUUAAGUUCAUGAGAAGUUCGACGUUUGGCUCAGUUAAGUUCGUUCUAUUCGUCUGCUUCGGAUGGAUAGCACAUCUGAAGAUUCAUUUCGUUCGGGACAAACGUCGAUCUUCACAUGCAAUGAACUAAACUAAUAAAUUAAACAUUUGUUUAAUGUAUAUUUAGCCUUGUUUGGGAGAAAAUUUGUUACUGAUCUGAUUCAGUUGAUUGGUUCGAUGCAUCCAAAGUUUGACGCCUGACCCAGCAGAUGAUCUUAACUUAACUAAGGUUGACCCAAAUUAGAGUUUGGCUCAUCUAAUGAAAAGUUCGACGUUUGGCCUAGGUCUAAGAGAACCAGUUACCUUACAUUAAAUUUAAAGAGCCCUGAAAUUGACCACAAAAAUUGUCUCUCAAAUCCGUAUGGUUGACCAAAUUUUGGUCAACCAUACGGAUUUGAGAGACAAUUUUUGUGGUCAAUUUCAGGGCUCUUUAAAUCACCACACAUUUUCUCUACACAUGGGUCCAAAAUUCUUCUGGUUUUUAGUAAUAUUGAGAGUUAAUAUACACUUGUGAAAAAACAAAUCUUGAUUUAAUGUGCUGAUGUUGUUUUUAGCCAUUUUUCAUUUAUGCUACCAGACACCUGUUUCUCUUAUCUCUUCAACAUUAUGUACUGGUAUUCUUACUGGACUAAGAUACUAAAUGAAAAAUAUUUUGUCUAUUUUUUUUUUUUUUUUUUUUUUUUUUUUUUUUGCAGUUGGAAAUGAAAGACAAUCCUCAGUUGACUGAACAGACAAUAGGUAAGUAGAUCGUCAGCAUGCAGCAUGUCCUUAAUUCCUGAAAGGGGGUAGCAAGGGGGGGGGGCAAACCUCCCACCUCCCAAAUCUUGCAUUUCCAGAUCCUGCCCCUUUUUUCUUGGCUUUCACCCUUAAACCCUCCUUGACUGCAAAAUAUUAUGCAUUGUUGGGUAGUCUCCACGUAUAUCCCCCUAUUCCCUCCCUUGUAGAACUCCUUCCUCUGGUUUUUGCUUCUCUUGUCUCCUGUAACCUCCUAUUCUCCCAGGUUCCCACUCUCUUCACCUCUCCCCACUGCAAACUCCAAGUGGGAAAAAAACAUAUAUUAAGCAAUUCUGUAAAGCAUGAGGAGGGCUAUUUUUAGAAGACAACAGCGUUUGUCCACUGCUCAAAAAAAAGUUACAACCUGUCCUUUCCCCUGUCUAACACUGCUCUGUUUUGGAAGUAGUUUUCAAACCUGAUGAUGUACCUGUUUCAUUGUUUCAU